AUGUGGUCACAGUCAACGACCCAGUGCAAGACGCAACAUAGUCCAAAAGACAAGCGCAAUUUUGAAGAGAGUAAGAAUUUUGACCAUGUGAGGGCAGUGUUGCGCUGGUCGCGGUGGUGGGUGGAGGUGUCGGCCGGCGCUCCGAGUGAGUGCAGGGAGGAGGCUGAAGGUAGCAGCAAAGUGUGGUCGGUGACUGGGGUGGCUGGCCGCUCCACGGACCUCCCCUGCUACCUCACGCCUCGCUCCCCGGGGGACACGCCCAAGCUCAUCCUCUGGUACAAGGCCACCGUCAGGAGCCCGCUCUUCAGUCACGACACCCGGGCCCCGCCGGAGCUGGAGGGUGAGGUGCGGCCGGGCGAGGGGGUGCUGACGGUGAACCGGGGGGCGGCCACCCUCACCUACCACAACCUCACCCCGGACCACGCCGGACUCUACGAGUGCCGGGUCGACUUCUACAACUCCCCCGCCCAUUCUACCUUCGUCAACCUGACUGUUGUAGAGCCGCCCCGCAGUGUACAGAUCUUGGACAGGCAAGCCGGCCCGGCCAAGAACGGCGUCCUUGGCCCAUACUACAUCGGCCAAAAUAUUCUCCUCACCUGUAUCUCACUUGACGGGUGGCCCCUGCCUAACAUCACCUGGUGGAAGAACAACCACAUCGUGGGCAGCGGGUGGGAGGUGACGGGACCCGGCCAGGUCCAGAGUGACCUGGUCAUCGAACAAGUGUCACGAGAUUGGCACAACCAAACGGUGACGUGUGCUGCCUCCAACACCCAGCUGGCUUCCCCCGUCUCCGUCUCCGCCGUCAUACACCUCUAUUUGUUGCCGAGGAGCGUGGUGGUUCGAGGCCCGGGGGCCGUGCGCGAGGGCUCCCAGGCCCGUCUGGUGUGUGUGGCCGAGGGCUCCCGACCGCCGCCGUCCGUCUCCUGGAGGGUCGGGCGGAUGGUCCACCGCCCUCACAUGACGGAGGAGGAAGGCCUGGUGACGGUGUCCACACUACUGGUGAACGUCAGCCGGGGGGACGACGGCGCCCUCGUCACCUGCUCCGCUCAGAACCCGUCCGUGCCGGGCUCAGUCAUCUCCAACACUACUCUCCUCAACGUCCACUACCCGCCGUCGGUGUCGGUGUCGCUGGGUCGGUCACUCAACGCCCACCUCCUGAAGGAAGGUGACGAUGUUUACUUCACCUGCAGCGUCGACGCCAACCCCCCGGCCUCCGCCAUCACCUGGUACCACGAGGACACGGUGCAGGUGCAGAACAUGACCUCCGGGGUCAUCCUCUCCGGGGACUCCCUGGUGCUCCAGAGAGUACGGCGCCGGAGGGCAGGAGAGUACAAGUGUUCAGCUUCCAACCCCCUGGCUACUGUUCUCAGCGCUCCAGUACACCUCAGGAUCAGAUACAAGCCGGAGUGCCUGACGUCGCCGACGACGUACUUCAUCUACGACAAGCCCAUCAACGUGACGUGUACGGUGUCGUCUCACCCGCCCGUCCGCGCCGUCCACUGGCAGUGGAACAGCAGCAGCGACGUGAUCAAGACUCAGCACGUCAACCAGCCCACGGAACGCCUGUCUACCCAGCUCACUGUCUACCCCAUCGAGACCUUCGAGGACAGACUCCUGUCUUGCUGGGCCGUCAACGAGAUGGGGCGGCAGCCCCUCGCAUGCGGGUUUUCUAUUAAAGUCGCAGAGAUGCCGCUGCCACUCUCCUCGUGUCGCCUCGCCAACAUCACCGCCUCCUCCCUCAGCCUCACCUGUCAGCGACCUCACGUCGCCACCACAGGCACCACACUCUACAGGGCCGAGGUGUACUUCGACAACCGGACGCUCUUCGCCAACGUGACCUCGACGCGUCCCAACUUCAACGUGAGUCGGCUGGACGCAGGGACCAGUUACCAGAUCAAGGUGUACGUCAGCCACGGGCCCGUCACCUCCCAGCCCGUCGUCGUCUCCGCUUACACCUCCAGGUCCUCCAGGCCGGCCUCGGAGAAGAAGCAGGAGAGCCAUGAGACGGCGGCGGCGGCGGCCCCAGGAGGCGGCGGCGGCGGCGACGGGGGCGACAGCGGCGACGGGGGCGACAGCGGCGGCAGCGACUCAGAGGUGGCCCCGCCACCCGACACCGACGUCGUCCUCGCCCCCAGCGACAACGUCGACGCGAACGAAGGCACUGCCAUUAGUGCCGGUGGCACCGGCGGUGACACGGGCGCGGUGGGCGGCGUCGGAGGCGUGGGCGCGGUGAUGGGCGUGGCGGCGGUGAGCCUGGUGGCCCUGGUGGGCGUGGCGUGGGCGUGGCACUACUGCAGGAACAACUGCGACGCCACGAGGAAGGACGUCCGCCUCGCCUCGGCUGACGACGCCAAGAAUCCAGAUGUUGUGCCCAAUAUUGGUUCCUUCUCGGCCACUCGGAUGACCUCACCGCAACGCUUCUGGCACAAGGAGAAGACCUAUGUUCAGCCUGCUGGAGGAGGAGCAGCAGCAGCAGCAGCAGCAGGAGGCAGCGGUAGUGUGUCCAAGCAGACCAGCAGCAGCACCAUGGUGGAGGUGGGCGGGGUUCAGGUCUCCGUCGCCGGCCAGAGUUCCACAGUUGGUGGGGAGAGUGAGAGCACAGCGGGGAGUCCUGGGGAGCAUGCACUCCUCCCCAGCCCCGAUGGCAGCCAGCCGUCGGCAGGGUGUAUGUCCGGCUCCAGUCCCACAGGCAGUCAGAGGACUACUGGCUGUGUGGGCAGCUCGAGUCCUUCAGGAAGUCAGAGGACUUCCGGAUGUGUGGGCAGCUCGAGUCCCUCGGGAAGUCAGAGGACUUCAGGCUGUGUAGGCAGCUUAAGUCCUUCGGGAAGUCCGAGGAUUUCAGGCUGCGUGGGUAGUUCCAGUCCUUCGGGAAGUCAAAGGACUACGGGUUGUGUGGAAAGCUCAAGCCCAGCAGGAAGCCCAAGGACUACGAGUGGUGUUGGAGAGGGAAGUCCUCCUUCAGGUAUCCAGAGACUAGCCAAGAUACAGGGAAGUGGAGGCCCUACAAGCAGCGCGUGUGCGCGACCUUCUGCAGGAGGGAAAUUGGGGGUUGAGGGCGCCGGUCGGAGUAGAGAGAGUCCGCCUAUACACAGACCUACUGCAGGCGUGGUCUUCAGGAGCGCUCUAGGCAGCGGCGGGGGAGCUAGUCAGCGACCCCUCAGUGCCGUGGGGGACAUUGUCGUCAACCCCCUCCGUCAGUCAUUCCUGGCGGCGGACGAUGACGACUUCGGAGGCUGGAGCGAGGAGGAGCGGCCUCUCCCGCCCUCUAGGGAGAGAGCCACCACCUUCCCAGAGGGAGGCGCCACCCAGCACCUCCCCAGGGAGGAGCAGCACAAGUACCCCGGGGUACGCUUCAGCCUGCCCCCCAGAGACGAGAUGCCCAGCUACCCCGGUGACCGACACCCCCUGCGAGGCAGCCCCAGAGAGGAGCGGUAUUAUCGGGGCAUUAGACCCAAAUACAAGCUGAGAGAAGCUGAGAGCUCCCCGGACAUUCGCUCCCCGUAUAGCCCCCGAGAGGAGCGGGGAUACCCUGGGGCUCGAGGCCCUUUCAGCCCCAGAGACGAGCGCAGCUACUUGGGAGGGUUCCGGGCUUCCGAGUUCAGUCCCAAGGAUGAGCGCAUCUUCUCAGGUUUCCGUCAGUUUAGCCCUAAGGAGGAUCGCAUUUACCCCGGGGGAAUCCAACUCCACAGCCCCAGAGAGGAACGCACCUUCCCGGGGGUCCUACCUCACCAGAACCCCCGCGACGACCCGACACGACCUCGCCCCAGAGACGACCACAGCUUCUCCGGCGUACGACCCCACCGGUACAGCUACAUAGGGGUACGCGUCCAGCACCCCACCAGGGAUCAGCUACGCCACAGCUACCCAACGGUACACCGCCCCUACCCGGCCACCUCCAGGGGCACCACGGGCACCUACCCCGGGGUACGACCGGGCCACAGUGCUUCGAGGGGCACUCAGAGGCCCCAGAGAGGCACCGGGAGUGAUGGCCACUACCCCGUGGACCAGCUCAUCAAGGCCACGGAGACGGUGGUGUGAGGUUACCCGCUCUGUCCCAUCAUGAUGUGUUUGAGGAUGUGUUCAGCAGCCCCACCACCAACCACUCCAGCUUCCGUUCCCAAGAGUGAUGGAACCUCUGUGUUAUAAGUUACCAUUUCCAUUGUUUUAAAUAAAAGUUGAUAUAUC